AUGGUGCAGCUUCUCCCUCAGCCCGGCUCCCGCCGCGCCACCGCUGCGGCCGCAUCUCCAUCAGCAUCCCCAUCACCGCCGCGGCUCCGGAGGAGGAGAAGCCGAAGCAAGGACCGGGAGGAGAAAGGAGCCAGGCGGCAGCUGCCAGUCACCUCCGGUUCUGCUCCCUCUGUAGCCAGAGUCUGGGUAGCCGCCAGCCUCUACCCUCCCUGCCGCUGCCAGAGUCUCCGCCACCACCGUCACCACCACCACCGCCGCGGUUGCUGCCUCUGCCCCGCCAUCGCCACGAUGGGGCUCCUGGACUCGGAACCGGCGCGCAUGCUGGAUGUUGUGUCCACCGCGGUCAACGAUACCAUAGAGUUCUACCGAUGGACCUGGUCCAUCGUAGAUAAACGUGUUGAAAACUGGCCUCUCAUGCAGUCUCCAUUGCCUACAUUAUGUAUAAGUACUCUUUAUCUCCUCUUUGUGUGGCUGGGACCCAAAUGGAUGAAGAACAGAGAACCUUUCCAGAUGCGUUUAGUGUUGAUUGUCUAUAAUUUUGGAAUGGUUUUACUUAACAUGUUUAUCUUCAGAGAGCUAUUUUUGGCAUCAACUGCUGCACGAUAUAGCUAUAUUUGCCAGAGUGUGGAUUAUUCAGAUGACGUGAAUGAAGUCAGGAUAGCUGCGGCUCUGUGGUGGUACUUUGUGUCGAAAGGAGUUGAGUAUUUGGAUACAGUGUUCUUCAUCCUGAGGAAGAAAAACAACCAAGUAUCUUUCCUGCAUGUGUAUCAUCACUGUACCAUGUUUACAUUAUGGUGGAUCGGCAUUAAGUGGGUGGCAGGAGGACAAGCAUUUUUUGGAGCUCAGCUUAAUUCUUUUAUCCAUGUGAUUAUGUAUUCAUAUUAUGGCUUAGCUGCAUUUGGCCCGUGGAUUCAGAAAUAUUUGUGGUGGAAACGAUACUUGACCAUGUUGCAGCUGGUUCAGUUCUUUGUGACCAUUGGACAUACAGCAUUGUCUCUUUAUACGGAUUGCCCCUUCCCCAAAUGGAUGCACUGGGCUCUCAUUGUUUAUGCCAUCAGCUUUAUUUUUCUGUUUCUUAAUUUCUACUUUCAAACAUACAACGACCCCAAGACACCAAAAACUCGAACAGCAGCAACAAAUGGUGUUUCAGCAAAUGGUGUAAGCAAAUCAGAAAAGCAGCUAGUGAUGAAUGGAAAAAAGAAGCAUAAUGGAAAGGCAAAAGGAGAGUAACUGGAUCCAGGCCUUAAUUUUUGUUGACACUGAGGAACUUCCCAUUUGAUAAAAUUUUCAGGGAAAAAACACAAGCAAAUAAGGGUUUGGAAUAGGGAGAAAGGAGCCUUCUCUCUCUGUGCCAGUUAACCUUUAGAUUAACUAAAGUGUUAGGUAAGACACCCAGAUGUUUAUUUAUGAAUAUUGUUUUGACAAUAAAGACUCCUAGUUAACUUUUGAUUUUUUCCAGACUAAAGGAUGAUCCUGUUAUUUGGAAGAUUACCUGUCAGGCCACAAGGUUCUUCACAGAAAAACUCUUGCUAGUAGAAUACUAGCAAAACAUAAUGGCGUUUUCAUAAAUCUUUUUGUGCAUAUGUGCAGUUUCUUCUGAAGUUGGUUUUUGAACCAACUAGAUGACCCAUAUCACAAAGUGACUGUGUUUAAUGAGGACAUUAGUGUAUACAUAUGUGCCCUCACAAAGAACCCUUUAAGUCUAAAUUAUCAGCUACAUGCCCUAAUUUGAAAGGAAACACUUUCCAUUUUCUGGGUUGAAGCAUAAUGGUAAUAUAAACAAUCUUAAGUAUUCUGGAUUUCAAUUUACUUGCUGAAGUGGUCUGAAUAUGCCAUUUUUGUUAUAAUUAGGUAUUAAAAAUCUGGUAAUGACUCUAAACUCUUAAGUGUUUGGUGAAGUCCGGUGUCGGUGAAUAUAAGAAAAUAUAAGAAUAUAAGAAAACGUUGCAGAUAAUAUGUUUUAGCAAUCCAAAUGUUGGAAUAACAGUGAUGCAAAUGAUUUUGGGGAAACAAAUUUUUGUGAGGAAAAGGUAGCCUUGAAUAUUUCUAUUUCUGUCAGAAAUGUAUUAUAAAAAAUUAUAAUUAUUGUCUGAUUGGAACAUGAAACGUCUCUUGUCUUUAUUAGCAAUAUCAGCAGAGUUGCAUCUAUGUGCUGUUAGAAAAGAGUAUGUUGAUUUUAUCAGGCUUUCCUUGUUUUGAUUUUAGUGUCUGUUACAGAUUUCAUAAGUAUAAAUAUACCUACCUCUUUUGUUGAAAAGAACAUUUAAAAUUAAAUAAAUUUUAAUUUAAAAAAUACCACAUACACAAGGGGUCUUCCCGUGUUAUGUUAGUCAUAUUAACUCCAAAACCCACUACUCUUCCUUAGUUUUGUGAAUAGUGUAUACUCAGGUUUUUCUAUAAAGUCAUUCUUUCCAUUUAAAUACAAGUUUAGUUUUAUAGUGAUAAUUUUGUUGUGAUUAAGUUCAGGUAUUAUUUAUUAAUAACAUGUAGUACAAUCCCAUUCUAGUGCAAUAUUCUUGACUCCUUGGUGCUGAAAGCAAAAAAUUCAUGAUGCUUAAUGUCAUAAGGUAAUAGACAAGGACAGAACUAUAAAACUACAUUUGCCAUUGAAAUGCAAUACAUAAUAUGUGACCAAUUCACUAGGGAAGAGAAUAUGUACUGUUUAUACAUAUUACUUGUAAAGCAGUAUGGUGUAGUGGAUGGAGGGCUGGCCUAGAAGUUACAAAGACCUAUGUUCAAAUCAUUUGACUUUUAAGUAUCCCAGUCAAUUUUUCAAAGACUACAAAUUAUGAAUGAGGCAUGAGUAGAGGAAGUUACCUCACUGGGAAGUUCCCCACUGGGAGUUCCCAAUACUGAAGAAAUCACAGGUCCAGACAUUUAAAAAAUAUAUACAUUUUACAUAAAUUAAUUUGUUAGGAAAGUGUUGGACAUAAUUCUAUUAAAAAGUUGAAAACUGUAAUGCUUGACACAAAAGCAUGAACAAGGUUCUAAAAAUUUUAUUGACAUGUGAAAACUGCAUGUGCAGGAUAUAUACUGUAUGACUGUGGCAGACAAUAUUUUUUUAAAAUUUUGUAAACCAUAAGAUAUUUAUUGUGCAUUAAAAUUAGGCAUUUCAGUGUUUUUUUCUUAAUGCAUAUGCAAUUUUAAGAAUUGUAAGGUACUUGCUACAGAUCCUAAUGUUAUGGUCUGACAGGAUUAACCACAGUUUGUUUUUGCUUCUUAGUUCUGUAAUAAUGAUAGAUUUGUAAUCUGUAUAAACAAUCUGUACUGGUUACUCUGAGCUCCUCAUUCUCUGCCACUUGAUUUCUGCACAAUAAAUAUUCUGCUGCAGUGGG